GCCGCCGCCGCCGCUGCCGGAGGCAGAUCGGAGAUAUAAAAGACCUGGCCGGGCGCCGGCUGUGGCCUCAGUCCGUGUGGGCGCUCACGCCGUGGGGAGAAGGGGGCAGAGCGGCGGGGGUCGCGGAGGCAGCGCGGGGCUGGCCGUGGGCAACCCCAAUGCGUGGACUAUCCGCUGCUGCAUUAUGCUGGAGCUACGGUUCCGCUGAAGGGAGUCUGCAUAGGGCCGGCUGGGCUGGACUGCAGCGCUGCCGUUCCUUAUGAAGAAGGCACAAAAUUGGAUUAUCACUUGCUUUUGUCUUCAACUACUCCUACUUAAUCCUCUUGUCAAAGCCCAAAGUUCCUGCGGGAAUCCAGUGACAGAUGAUGUGAAUGACAUUGCAAAAUUGGUUGGAAAUCUCCCAAAUGAUUAUAUGAUAACUCUUAAAUAUGUCCCGAAGAUGGAUAGUCUGCCUAAUCACUGUUGGUUGCAUUUGAUGGUGCCUGAAUUUUCAAGAAGUCUCCAUAAUCUUCUCCAGAAAUUUUCAGAUAUUUCAGAUAUGUCUGAUGUUCUAAGCAACUAUUCAAUCAUCAAUAAUCUCACAAGGAUAAUUAAUGAUCUUAUGGCAUGCUUAGCUUUUGAUAAAAAUAAGGAUUUUGUGAAAGAAAAUGGUCACCUUUAUGAAGAAGGUCGCUUCAUUCCUGAAGAUUUUUUUAGGCACUUUAACAGUACUAUUGAGGUCUACAAGGAGUUUGCAGACACGUUGGAUGAGAAUGACUGCAUUCUGCCUUCAACAGUAGAAACACCAGAGAAUGAUUCCAGAGUCGCUGUCACAAAAACAUUUUUGUUUCCUCCUGUUGCUGCCAGCUCCCUUAGGAAUGACAGCAUUGGCAGUAACACUAUCAGUAACAAAGAGGCACUUGGCUUCAUUAGCAGCUCCAGCCUGCAAGGGAUCAGCAUAGCACUGACAUCAUUGCUGUCUCUUCUUAUUGGCUUUAUUUUGGGAGCCAUAUACUGGAAGAAAACACAUCCUAAAUCCAGACCAGAAAGUGAUGAAACUACACAGUGUCAUGACUGUCAAGAGGAAAAUGAGAUAAGUAUGUUGCAGCAAAAAGAAAAGGAACAUCUACAAGUGUAGUUGUUGCUUUUUCUCCCUCAACACUGUUACUGUUUUGUGUACUGGCAGGUAACAGUUCCAUGUUCGCUUCAUAAAUGAAGCAGCUUAAAGCACAUUCGUAUUCCUUCUGGAGUGACAGACUGAGUCUGCAUCUGUUGUUGCUGCCCAUGACUCCAUAGACAUGAUACAGAAUGAGGACAAUUUGUGUUUGUUACUGUGAAACCAACACUGAAUUGAACAUCUACAAGAAGAGUGUGCACUUAGCAGGAUGGUAUCUUAUGUGAAUAUCUACCUUGUGUGGCAUUUGGGGAUUUUUAAUUGCAUUAUGACUUGCAGCUGACUCUGUCAAACAACGUACAUGUCCCGAACAAAAAGCAUCUUUCAAAUGCCUCCAACUAUGUGUAAUCAUUGAAAGUCAUAAAUACCUUUGCAUCCUUAAUUUAAGUUCUGUGUCCUCUACCUUACCUUGAUGUCUUCAGAUAGAGUCCUCUGAACUGACAGAAAAUGCAGACAUGGAUACAGAUAACAUACUCUUCAACAUUGUAUAUAAGACUUGAAAGCCAAGUCAUGCCAUGGACCCAUGUUCUAGCCUCUUACUUAUAAGGAGCUGUGUUUAUGCCUGGCAAAGAUCAUGUGUACAUCAACAUGUGGUCUCUGUCAGGUGCCAGGUGGCUGGUUGCUCACCCCAGAAAGCCUCAAGAAUUCAUCAACGCUGAUGGUCUCUGUUCAGGAGAAGCAAUUACUGGAUGGGGACAAAGUAAACAGGAGGUGACUGUACCUCAUGGAGCUUCACAGCAUUAAGAGUAACUGCUGGGUAUGUGAACACUGGUGAAAUUUCCAGCCAUGCCAAGGGAAGGGAAAAUAAAGAGUCUGAAUAGCGUUCAAACAUCAGAAUAAAGACAAACCCAUGAAAUGCAUUUUAAAUGCCAAGGAUGCAUGCCAUUGAUACGUUGUCUAUAAGUGUAUAGCAUAGAAAAUUUGAAAGAUCCAGAGAGUGUAUUUAGCUUUUACUUAUGUCAGCUGUAAUUAAUGUUUGCAUUGUGUUUUAAGUGAUUAGUAGGCUUUAAUAUCCUGGCAUUCUUCACUCUUAAAGUUAAUUCUCUGAGGAAAAAAAAAAAAAAAAAAAAAAAAAAAAAAAGAAAGGCUUUGUUUCCCACUUGUCUUUUGCAUCUUUUGUUGUUAUAGCAUCCAUGAAAUCUGUACAGGACUGAUGUACAGACGUGUUUUCAAGUAAAUUCUAAAAAUACCAUGGUAAAAGAUACAAAUAUAGUGAUGCAUCUUUCCAUUUUGGCUCUUUACAGAUAACGGAUAUGAAUGAUUUACCUCUAUUAGGGGGUUGUACUUCACAAGGUAAAGGUGGCUCACUUUGGAUGACACACUGUUAUCUGUCAUUAAGCUGUCCAGGUCAGCAAGAGUUUUAGUUUAACUAACUUGAAAACUUAGAAAAAAAACCCACCACCCUUUUAAUGUUUUGCAUAAAGUUGUUCUCUUUAAAGUAUAUAGUUACUUAAUUUUUUUAAGAAUACUUGUGGAAAUUUUAAUAACCUGAUGAAUUUUCUGAGAACCAUGCAUAAAAAGAAUAUGACAUACAUAUAAUAUAUACAUGUGUGUGUGUGCAUGUGUGUGUGUGUAUUAUUGGUAAAAUUGAUUUGUCCUUCAUGAUUACCAAAAAGAUAAAAUUUCAAAAUGUUUGAUGACACAGCUCAUGGCCCUUCUGGGAUCAAUGUCAAAACUUAUUGUGAAUCCACUGAUACAAGGAUUUGAUCAUGUGAAACUAUUUUUUAUUUAUAUUGAGACCUUUUUGCACUUCCUGGGUGUCAGAAAAGGCUCCUCAAGUCCUGGUCAGCUAGUAUAAAUUAACAUAGUUCCAUUAAUGUUAACAGAGCUUUGGGGGUUUCCAUCACCUGAGGAGCUUCUCUUAGACUAGAUCAAAAGAAGCUUAGUGUAAGAAUUAGGCCUUUAGUUUUACUUAGAUGAUUCUGGAACACUCACCACUUAAUAAGAAAUAAUCAAAGUUGCUCAUCACUUCUAAAAAGCAAGUGCUUUCCAAAUUUUAGCUUUACAAAAAUCAAACAAUGGAAUUCUCCACCUCCAACUCAAUCUCAUUUGACAUUGUGUAGUUCUUUACUCACAAGGCCCUCUGACUUUGUAUUUCAAACCUGUUUAAGAGUUACCUUGAAACAAAUGUCAGCGUGACCUAAUUGAUGGGAAGUUUACACAUGGGAGAAUAACUGCAUAUUGGUUUUGACAGAGCGAAAAAUAUCUACAGCAAAUGGAAGCAAUUAUUCUUACGCAUUUUACAAAAACCUUAAAUACUUCAUGUUAUUAUACAAUUCGUUCUCAAAGCAAGCUUAUGCUUGAAGUUUUACAGUAUUUUUCUUAGAUUCAGUUAAACAAAAGUCUUGUAUUUAUUAAUGUUCUUUGUUUAUAAGAAUGUUUAGUUUUUCUAAAUGCCUUCUGUUCAGAAGAUCAAAUACACAAUGAUGUUGCACAUUGGUAUGCCCCAAAUUAUAUGUCAAUAUUCAAAAUACACAAAGUUUUAGGGUUCUUAGUCUACUGUUUAAUACUUCAGAAAAUAUCAGUUGUAAAUUCAAAUAUAUAUUAAACCCAGAUAGACUGCUGUAAAAUGUUCACCUUCCAAGAAUAACAUCUUAAAAUAGUAGCUAAGUUACUUUCAAAUGAUGUCAGAUACUUCAGUCUCUUCCAUGGAGCAAGGCAAAUUUAAGGCUAGAUGAGAACAGAAAGAAAAUUUAUGUAUAAACCUUCCAACUUCACAUCACAAACACUGUUCUUUGAAUAUGCACCAAAGUUGUAUGACACAUGGAGUAGCAGAACUGUUGUUGGAGCUCAUGGUUUUCCUGUUCUCUGUACCCUCCUUUUGAGAGAUCUGAACAAAACAUUGGGUAUUUGAAAUCAUUUUGCAAAGCAGGACACUUCUAGACAUUCGUGGAUUCAGUGGGUGGCAUAGCACUUAGAAAUGUGAUCAUGAUAUUUGAAAGUUUCUGUGCCCACUGAGGAGGCCCUUACUUGGGAUGUAGUGAAAUUCUGAAAGACUACUGACUUGUGAGACAUCUUUGAAAUUAGUGUAAAUAGAAUAAGUUACUGUUCAAUGGGAAUAGGAAUGGCAGAAAUAGUCCUUUAAUUUCUUCUUUAUCCAGUUGUAAGCUGCUUAAUUUCUGAAGUGUGAUAAGUUCUUUAGUCUUCUUUUUGCGUAGACAGAACCCAUGCAUUAACACAGUUAGAAAGUAAACACCUUUUCUCUUAAAAUGAAAUUGGGGAAAAGCAAGUAUUGUAUUUUUUAUACAAAAGUCAACAAAAUUUGUUUUCCAGAUAUCUGUGGUUUUGUGAGAAACUAACAUUUUUAGGUUUCCUUUGGUGUAGUUGAACUUUGCAUGCAAUUCUAAUGGCCUUGUGACAAUAAAAAGCAGAUUGUGAUAUACUGAGUAACUCAGUGUGCUACUUUAGAUGUGUGUUUACUUGAAUAAAUUAAUGGUACUUGUUUCUUCACAAGGUCAUUUUAUAAGUAAGCUUAUAAAAUGUGCUAUACUGUGGAGUAUGUAUACAACCUGCACAUUUUUUAGAUUCUGGUCUUCACCAGCUCUGUUUUCUCUGUUGCUCUCUCUUUGUAAUAUGCUGAAACUGUUCAGUACACACAAUACAACUAUUAAAUUAAAAAGCUAACUGUAAAUAUAAAAUACAGAUAUUUUGAGUUAGAUUUACAUUUAAGAAUUAUCCAACAUUCUUCAAUUCAGGAAUCUGAUUCAACUGUCUAUUAAAUGCAGAUCUGCAGUAAUGGUGGCAUGUUGCUAUUAUGUUAUCAAAUUGAUGGAACGCGGAAGCUUCAGACUCUUUAGUGAUAGAGACACAGACGUUUGCUGGUUGUAUCAUGGGCAAAUUCAUUUAUUUCAGUGUAAUGUCAGCACAGUCUUGCAUAGUUGCAUUCUGACUGAAGGUAAUCAACAAAGUUUAUAAAAUGUGAUGUGUAUGUAUAUAUGUGUCCUCUUAAAGAUAGAUGUUUUCCCAGAUCCUUUUUUAUACCAGUUCAAAUUUGGAAUUUACAUUAUAUACAUAUACUUUAUUGUUCUAAAUAAAGAUAUUAUGCACUGCCAAAUAA